AUGGAGCUCCGUAUGCUGGCCCUUAUCUCCAGGCUGGUCUCUGUUGCGAUGGUCAGUGGUAUUGCUGCUGCACAGACAGAAACAACAACAACAACAGUAUCAUCAACAUCAACAUAUUCAACAUCAUCAGCAAACCCGGGGUGCUACGGUUAUUGCAGGUAUCUCGAAAUGGACUACGACCCUGGGAGGACAGAGGAGCUGUGCGACAAGGAGAGAGGGCUUGGUUCACUGUUUCUGGAAAACAUCAAGACCUGCGCCGACUGUGUUAGAGACGAGGGUGGGCUCAGCGAUUAUUUCGACACUGUGGAUGCGCAGGAUGCUCUCAAGAUCGUCAACCUGUGCCAGUCUCUGUAUACCAGUGAUCACUCAGAAAUGGUCUCCGCGAUGUCUGUGAUCUUGGAGACUGGGAGUGUCAUGGGCAGCAUAUCGCCGACAAAGUCGCCCACAUCCACCAGUGCCCCUACUGCGACUCAAUCCAGUGGAGCAGAAACGACUACGGACGCAAGCUCAGAGCAAGACGCCUCUAGCGAUGACUCGUCAACUUCAGAGUCUAGAGCGUGGAUCGCCGGUCCAGUUGUUGGGUCAAUCGCCGGGGUUUCUGGAAUUAUAGGGGCAGCCUUCCUAAUAAUUAGGAGGCGCAAUCGACGUAAAAACGCCGAGGAUACUGCGGAACAAGGCAGUGGACCAGAGCAGCUUCAUGAAAAGCCCGAGCUACCGACUGAAGAGCAUGUUCGCCAUGAGCUGGAUGGUCACCAUGCUGUGGAGACCGAGGCAAGGGCACCUCCGCAGGAAUUGUACUCUGGCGAAACUGUUGAGCUUCCUGCAGAUAAUGGGAAAUGA